CUCUCUAUACAUUCUUUUCAUUUUCAUUACAUUUCCAUGGCAACACAGACGCAUUAAUUUUCUCGAGAAAGUAAGGUCAGAAAAAUGGCGGGGAACGAGUGGAUUAAUGGGUACUUGGAAGCCAUAUUGGACACUGGAGCUUCCGCCAUUGAAGAGCAGAAGCAGAGUACUGUGCCUGUGAAUUUGAGAGAGAGCACUGGCCAUUUCAAUCCCACUAAGUACUUUGUGGAAGAGGUGGUCACGGGGGUCGACGAGUCCGACCUUCAUCGCACAUGGAUCAAAGUCGUUGCCACGCGCAACACGCGCGAGCGCAGUUCCAGGCUCGAGAAUAUGUGUUGGCGUAUUUGGCACCUUACCCGCAAGAAGAAGCAGUUGGAAUGGGAGGAACUACAACGGCUUGCAAACCGUAGAUGGGAGCGGGAACAAGGACGCAAGGAUGCAACUGAAGACAUGUCCGAAGACCUGUCUGAGGGAGAAAAAGGAGAUGGUUUGGGGGAGAUGGUACCUUGUGAGACCCCAAGGCAAAGGUUCCAGCGUAACAUUUCCAACUUGGAUGUAUGGUCGGAUGAUAAAAAGGAAAAGAAACUUUAUAUUGUUCUUAUAAGUUUGCAUGGUUUGGUUCGUGGAGAAAACAUGGAGCUUGGCCGAGAUUCUGAUACUGGCGGGCAGGUCAAAUACGUGGUGGAGCUCGCUAGAGCUCUUGCUAGGAUGCCUGGGGUUUACAGAGUGGAUCUUUUUACUCGUCAAAUUUCUUCUCCAGAUGUUGAUUGGAGCUACGGUGAACCAACAGAUAUGCUAACUACUGGCCUGGAUGAUGGUGAUGGCACUGAUGCAGGAGAGAGCAGCGGGGCAUAUAUUGUGAGGAUCCCCUUUGGUCCCCGGGAUAAGUACUUGAGCAAAGAAUUACUCUGGCCCUAUAUUCAAGAAUUUGUAGAUGGAGCUCUAGCUCACAUUCUUAAUAUGUCAAAAGUUUUGGCUGAACAAAUUGGUGGGGGCCAACCCAUUUGGCCUUAUGUGAUACAUGGGCACUAUGCAGAUGCAGGGGAUAGUGCUGCUCUUCUUUCGGGUGCUUUAAAUGUUCCAAUGGUUUUGACUGGACACUCACUUGGGAGGAAUAAGCUUGAACAGCUUCUCAAGCAAGGGCGCCAAUCAAAGGAGGAUAUCAAUUCAACAUAUAGGAUCACUAGAAGGAUAGAAGGAGAAGAGCUAGCACUUGAUGCUGCAGAACUUGUUAUUACUAGUACUAAACAGGAGAUUGAAGAACAAUGGGGACUUUAUGAUGGGUUUGAUGUCAGGCUUGAGAAAGUGUUGCGUGCUCGUGCCAGACGAGGGGUCAAUUGCUAUGGGAGAUUUAUGCCAAGGAUGGUGGUUAUUCCUCCUGGCAUGGAUUUCAGCAAUGUUGUAGUCCAAGAUGAUGGCCUUGAAGUUGAUGGAGAACUUACACAACUUAUUAGUGGUCUAGAUGAAUCUUCACCAAAAUCAUUUCCACCAAUAUGGUCAGAAGUGAUGCAUUUUCUUUCAAACCCUCAUAAACCAAUGAUCUUGGCUCUAUCAAGGCCAGAUCCCAAGAAGAACUUAACUACUCUUUUGAAGGCCUUUGGAGAAUGUCGUCCACUAAGAGAACUCGCUAAUCUUACACUAAUUAUGGGGAAUAGAGACAAUAUUGAUGAGAUGUCUGGUGGAAAUGCUAGUGUUCUUACCACAGUGUUAAAAUUAAUUGACAAGUACGACCUAUAUGGGCAAGUAGCUUAUCCAAAGCAUCACAAACAAUCUGAUGUACCCGAUAUAUACCGACUUGCAGCGAAGACAAAGGGAGUUUUCAUAAAUCCAGCAUUAGUGGAGCCUUUUGGGCUUACUUUGAUUGAGGCAGCGGCACAUGGGCUACCAAUGGUGGCUACAAAAAAUGGUGGACCAGUGGACAUUCAUCGGGCUCUGAAUAAUGGUUUGCUAGUGGAUCCUCAUGAUCAGCAAAACAUUGCUGACGCACUGCUAAAGUUGUUAUCAGAGAAAAAUUUAUGGCAUGAGUGCAGAAAUAAUGGUUGGAAGAACAUACACCUUUUCUCAUGGCCAGAACACUGCCGUACUUACCUAACCAGGGUGGCAGCCUGUCGUAUGAGACACCCACAGUGGCAAACUGACACCCCAGAUGAUGAAAUAGUUGCUGAGGAGUCUUUCAAUGAUUCACUUAGGGAUGUUCAAGAUAUGUCACUUAGGCUCUCAGUUGAUGGAGAAAAAAAUUCGUUGAAUGAAUCUUUCGAUGUGUCUUCUGCUGUUGCUGAUCCCGAGCUUCAUGAUCAAGUGAAAAGGGUAUUAAGCAAGAUAAAGAAACCAGAAUCUGGUCUACCUGACAAAGAUGCCAUGACAAAGCAUCUUGAAUACGUGCCAAGCAAGUAUCCCAUGUUAAGGUGGAGGCGAAAAUUGAUGGUUAUAGCACUUGAUUGCUAUGAAAGCAAUGGAGCUCCUGACAAAAAGAUGAUUAAUAUCGUGCGAGAGAUAAUCGAGGCUAUACGGUUAGACACUCAAAUUGCCAGAGUCUCAGGUUUUGCUUUAUCAACAGCUAUGCCAGUGUCAGAAACAAUAGAAUUCUUGAAGUUGGGAAGGUUUCAGGCGAAUGAGUUUGAUGUACUGAUUUGCAGUAGUGGAAGUGAAAUAUACUACCCUGGUACUUACACAGAGGAAGAUGGAAAGCUUUUCCCUGAUCCAGAUUAUGCAUCACAUAUCGACUACCGUUGGGGAUGUGAAGGUUUAAAGAAAACUAUUUGGAAGCUGUUGAAUAUCAAUGAAGGGAAAGAGAACUCAGAUCAGUCUUCUUGCCUCAUUGAUGAAGAUUCAAAAUCAACCAAUGCACACUGCAUCUCUUACCUAAUAAAGGAUCCCAGUAAGGUAAUGAAAGUACAUGAGUUGAGGCAGAAAUUUAGGAUGCGAGGGAUACGUUGUCAUCCUAUGUACUGCAGGAACUCAACGAGAAUGCAAGUUGUUCCUCUAUUUGCGUCACGAGCCCAGGCACUAAGGUAUUUGUUUGUGCGUUGGAAAUUAAAUGUGGCAAACAUGUUCGUGUUCCUUGGUGAAAGUGGAGACACCGACUACGAAGAGAUGAUAUCUGGGGCUCAUAAAACCAUAAUUAUGAAAGGAGUGGUUGCUAAGGGCUCAGAAGAGCUGCUAAGAACAUCUGGAAGUUAUCUGAAAGAUGACAUUAUCCCUCCUGAGACUCCACUCAUCACCUUCGUUGACGGUGAAGCAACAGCAGAUCAGAUUGCCAGUGCUUUGAAGCAUGUCUCCAAGUCUUCUGCUGGAAUGUGAGCUAUCACACCCUCUUCCUUCACCAUUUCUUUCUAUACAUAUAUAUUUUAUAUAUAGAAAAAUUAUUGGGUAUUUAUAGGUACUUUUAGUAUUUUCGUUAAAACAUGCUAGUCUUUUUUCACUUAUAUUGGAAGAUAUAUUCUGUUGUGCCAUAUCUGGGAAAGCUUUUAAGCUGAAUUUGAGAUGAAGAAAAGAAGAUAGAGCAAGAUUUUAAGCUUGGUAUAUUGGAAAAAUCUGUGCUCCUUCAAAUGAGGGUCUUGCUUUGGCAAGAAAUUUGACUUAGCAUGCUAACACAAUCGGACAUGUCUAGUGAUUGUCAUUGUCAAGUAUAGCAGUUUUCCAAUCAUCUUGUGACAACUUCAGAUUGAGCUCCAUUGUUGUACUCACUGGUUCACACCCCAAGUAUGUUAUCAACUUGUGUCAUUAUUUGUCAAUAAAUCUCACUGUUAUUUUACAUAUUAAAAUAUUCAAUGAGCAUCAAGGGAGUAUCAAAAUUGACUUAAAUUUAGAUUCAAUAUUUUUUUACUGUGACCAUUCAAGUUGAGUAAUAAAUUGUUUUAAAUUCA